AUGCCCGGACAGAAGAGGAGAUACAACGUACGGUUCCCUCCGAGGCGCAUCAAGAAGAUCAUGCAGAAGGACACGGAGGUGGGCAGGAUCGCCAUGGCGGUUCCUGUGAUCAUCUCUCGGGCCUUGGAGAUGUUCCUCAAGUCUCUGCUGACUAAAACCUGCCUCAUCACUCAGUCCAAGCUGAGCGCUGUCGUGUCCGUGGCUCACAUGAAGCAGUGCAUCGAGUCAGAGAAGCUCUUCCACUUCCUCAGAGACUCGGUGGACAGAGCCUCGACUACGGCAGCCCAGAAGGACGGCAGAGGUCUGAGUAUGUGGCCUCUAUACAGGUGGAGCCUCACUCUUCACUCUGAGCUUUAA